GGUCGCUCCGGAGCAGAGUACGGAGUAUCCUUCGCAGUAAAGAGUGAGAACACACAGUUACAUCAGGCACUUAAAUUAUUCCAACAGUAAAGUUGUUGUUCAACGCGUGAACUUUGCACUGUGCUAUCUCAGCGGACAGUGGCGAACAGUUCUGCGCUGUGAUUACGCGCUGAUGUCGUAAAGAUCUUCGACGGAACAGACGUGAGAUCCAGCAGCGAUGGCACCGGGACGGAAUAACAUUAUUAACAGCAAUCAGCUCAGGAAUUCUGCCAGCAUCUCGUCUAGCAUGCCAGGAACAAAUCUGCCUUUUCAAGCUACCGGAGCUGUUCCACCUCCAUUGCCACCUCGCCAGCCAACUCAAAACUACACAGGGUACAAUGAUUACAGACCAUAUGCUUCAAAUUAUGGCUACGGAAGCUAUGGAUAUGGAAGUGGUUACAGCAGAGGUUACGGUGGAUAUGGAUCUUUUGGUAGUUACAUUCCUUAUUCCACUAACAGUUUUGGACACAGUGGCGAUGCAGAGAGCAGGUUUCAACAGUAUGCAGAGGAGAGCACAAGAUCGACAUUCCGUGUAGUAGAGACUGUAUUGCAUACAUUUUCGUCUCUCACGAUGUUGCUGGAAUCGACGUAUUUCGCAUUGACAAAUUCCUUUAGAGCGAUUUUAAGUGUGGCGGAUAACAUUGGUAGACUGCGUUCGACACUCGGCCAGUUAUUGAGCACGUUCGCCUUAAUCCGUUUUUUGAAAUGGGUCUACAGAAGAAUUUUAUUUACGCUUGGUCUUCAAACGCAAAGUGCCGUCGCCGAAAACUUAUGGCAGCAAUCAAUAUCACAACUGACAGGCGGAGAACAGACGGCGACGACGACGACGAAUGAGAGAAUUUCACCGUUGAUGAAUAUUCUGCUUCUCGGCGUAUUUGUCGCUAUUCCAUAUCUAAUUCACAAGAUAUCGAAUAGUAUAAGGCAGAGUCAAGUAAAAGUUAACGAUCCUAAUGAAUGGGUGAAGUGCGAGGAUCCUGUGUGCGUGGCCACGGCGAUGUACGAUUUCAUGGCGGUUUCUAACGAGGAACUGAACCUGAGAGCUGGCCAGAAAAUAUGGUUGGCACCACGCUCUCUGCAAUCUAAGAGCAUACCAGGUUGGUGGAUUGCUACAGAUAGUAGAAAUGUCGGUUUGGUACCUGCCAACUACGUGACUAUAGUGGGACAAUUGAAGAGGAAAUCGGAAAACAGCGAGAAUGUUGUCGCGUCCACAGUAAUUCCAACUUCCAUGCAGAAUGCAACCGCUUCUGAUGAACAGAUAAAUAUACCCGAGCCUGGCACUAGCCAACAAAGUAUUGACUCUCUCUUCUCUGAGAAUAAUAUUAAAGAACUUUAGUUGAAAAAUACAUCGGUAGUCUUUCAUCUAAAUCAUUCAGAUAAUUACAAAGUGAUAUUGUCUAUCUUAAAUAUAUGGCCUACCAAAUCUUUACAAGACAUGACUGAUAUAAACUAAUAUUACAAAUCAUAUAUUUAGUAUCAAAUAGAGCGUGGUGAGCGAAUUUCAAUAUAUGAUAAUACAGUCAUCUGUUCACCAAGACUUUUAAUGAUUCAUUUCUACUGGGAAAAAGCUCACCAAUCGUGAAAUAAAGACUAUUAAGGUUUUGUUACUUUCAAUAGAGUAACAUAUUAUCUUUCUAUUAUAUUAAGUUAACUAAUAAAGGGGAGCUUGUAACAUGUGUGUGUGUAUAUAUAUUUUAUUUAUAUAUAUAUAUAUAUAUAUAUAUAUAUAUAAAUUUGAUUUUAUUUAAUCAAAGAAGAGAAGAACGCGAAUCAUUUCGUAGAUGUCAAUGCAUAAAUAACUCUUAUUUCGUACAAAUUUCUGCAAAUGUGAAAUAUCUCGAUCUCAAACUUGUGCUCAGUUGUAAUAAUUCGACGAAUAAAAUUUUUUGGUUUUCGUUCAUAUGAUUGUAUGGCUUAUAAACCGUUCAUUUAGACGAGAGGAAUUAGUGAGUUGCAUGUCACAAGCUCACUUGGUGAAUAUUCAUAACAGUGUCACAAUCUCAUAUAUAAGAUAAAGCAUAGAGCAAUACAAUCGCGUUUCUACUUGAAAAUCAGAUGAUAUAAAAGUUAAAUGCAGUAUUAUGCCAAUACACAAAUUUCAAAGUAUGGAAUAUGACUGAAAAUUGUAUAAUCUUCACGAAAUGUCCAAUGAUAUGUUCAGCAAAAACCAUUAACGAUUGUAAAGUUAUGAAUCCAAUACAUAAUUCUAUCUACAAAUGGUAUAUCUAAAGAUAUAUAAUAAUUUUAGUUUGACUUUAAUAUGAUGAAAAAUUAAACUGCUAUAAUUAGUAAAGCAAUUUACCUUUUUUGUUAUCGAAUUAAAAUACUAACCGAAAUGUGUUGAAGUGUAUAGACGCGAUUGUGUUUGGCAAAAACGAUAUUACUUUUUAAUAUUAUGCAAAUUAGAAUUUUGUACAUUUUGUAAUAUUUUAAUUGUAACUACUUUUCCUACUCUAGCUCCAUUUAGUAUUUUAGUAUUUUAUAAUGGAGGUAAUUUAAAAUUGUAUGUAUAUAUAUUUAGGCACAUCUUUGUAAAUUGAAAUUUAAGAUAUUGAAUUUGUGAGAUUCAACAGUCCUGAUGUAUGUAUUCUUUAACAUUAAGGUUUCUUUUUAUAGCGUUUUGAUUAAUAUUUACAAAGCGUUAUUAUAUGUUAUAUAGAUAAUGUAUAAAAAUGUUGAUAUUUUAUGUUUGAAGAGUCUAACGAGAAUUGACUCGUACUCUUGUGGUUUAUCGGGAAAACAUUAAAUUACUACAUAAAGAAAUUGAGUAAAAUAAAA